AUUUUCUACCACCAAUAAACUGGCAUGCGGGCCAUGGCCCGAGUUCUUGUCUAUUGACUCGGUUUCUCAUCGUUCAAUCCGAUCCUCCCUUCUAUAGACAGAACUGCACAAAAUCUCCCAGGAAAUAGAAAGUGAAGAAGAAAAAAUGGUGGGACCAAAGAGGCCACUGUUUGUGUUGUUUGGAUCAUCCAUAGUUCAGCUUAGUUUCAGCAAUGGCGGAUGGGGUGCCAUACUUUCCGAUAUCUACGCUCGUAAACAAUCUCCCUGGCAUCCCUUCAUGUUUUUCAAUGACUCAAUGCUUAUUCGAGAGGCCGAUGUAAUCUCACGAGGCUACUACGGUUGGAAUUCACGACGAGCCAUCCAAGUCCUCGAUCAAGUUUUUCCAAAGGAUGCUGCCAUUCAGCCAUCAUUGGUGAUAGUAUAUUUUGGGGGUAAUGAUUCUAUGGGACCUCACUCAUCUGGACUAGGUCCUCACGUUCCACUUCCAGAGUAUAUUGAAAACAUGAAAAAAAUAGCAAUCCAUCUCAAGAGCCUUUCGGAUACAAUUCGCAUAAUCUUUCUGGGUUGCCCACCUGUCAACGAGGCUAAGCUUCGUGAAACCAGAAGUCCAUACCUCAGCGAGCUUGUUCGAACAAAUGAAUUAUGCCGGAAUUAUUCAGAAGCUUGUAUAGAGUUGUGCGAGGAGUUGCAUAUAAAGGUUGUUGAUCUUUGGACUGCGAUUCAGAAACGAGAAGACUGGUUGAAUGCUUGCUUUACCGAUGGAGUUCACUUGUCUGCUGAGGGAAGUAAGAUAGUCGUGGAAGAAAUACUCAAGGUGCUGAAGGAAGCUGAAUGGGAGCCAUCACUCCAUUGGAAAUCCAUGCCUACGGAAUUCGCAGAGGAUUCUCCAUAUGAUCUAGUUGCUUCUGAUGGAAAAACCACCUUAAAUCCGUCUGAAUGGACUUUUCACAGAGAAAUUCAAUGGGACUGACUAGGUUAGGUUGUCUAAUUCCUUUUGAGUCGAUGGUGUUUCAUGUUUCUAAAAUGCUAUAGUUCUGAGAAAAUUAUAUGGAACUGCACUGGCUUCAUUUUAUCUAUGAUUCACCAUGUAUUGGUAAACAAAUUCAAAUCGCAUAAGAAGCUUCACCGGCAUGGUGUCAUCGUGAAUGAAGUGGAACUGCUUGAUUCCUAGA